GUAAACCUUCGGUGAGUCACAAUCCUGUGAGUUAUUUUGUUAGAAUUCCAAUGAAAAUUCACUUCGGACAUUGUCAUUGGAAAUGAGCAUUCUCGGUGCGCCCACGACUGUAGUUUAUGUACCCUAAAUGUCAUAUUUUGUCAUUCGAUGGUUUGCCGACAAAACCCGAAACCUAAUUCUCGCGCAACCACAAAGUUUAGCGAAUUAUUUGAAUUCGGACGAACCCGCAAUAACUUCAACGAGGGGACAAGUAUCGGUGUACUAUCACGGGAAUAUGGCUAUGACCGAUAUAUCUAAUAGGCUACCUAGUUUUAUAACUUUUGCUUUGGAGAAGAUACGCAGUCGUGGAGGGAAGUGUUCCCUGUUCAGUGUGGGAUGCUAGCGGACCGGUGGCGAGCCGAGGCUGAAGGAGCAUGGUGAAGCACCAACCCUUGCAGCAGGUCUAUGAGAAGCAGCUGUGUUUGUCCUUCCUCACUGGGAUCUAUGGCUGCCGCUGGAAACGCUACCAGCGUUCCCAUGACAACAGCUCCAAGUGGGAAUGUGCAUGGUUCAUCAUCUUGUGCAGCACCUUCUCCCUGCUCCUCUUCUGGGCUUACUUCUGGUUGGAGGCCCACAAUGACUACAACCAAUUCAACUGGUUACUAUACAACCGUUCUGGGGAAUGGAAGGACGGCACUGUCCCCAUUCUUGCAACCACCGCAGUUGGCUUUAGUUACAUAACAUUUUUAAUGGUUUUAGCACUCUGUCAUAUUUCACUGGGACAGCAGCUGAACCUCUACUGGAUCCACAAGAUUGGUGUGUUGGCUGCCUUGAUCACCACUGUCAGUGGUGUGGUCUCCAUCAGUGAUGUGUGGGGGGACGAAUGGGACAUCAUUCUUAUAUCGCUACAGUUCACAGGUCCUUUCCUGCACAUAGGAGCUCUGGCUGCUGUCACAGCGCUGGGUUGGCUGGUCGCUGGACAUGUGAUCCGUGCAGGGAGAACCAAGUUCCACAUGAUUGUGUUGCUUGUCUACCUAAGUGUCCUGCUGGUCCUCUACAUGGUUCCCCUUGCCAUCACCUCACCCUGUAUCAUGGACAGGAACAGCCUCAAACCUCGACCUGAUGUCAUUGGAAGACGGGGGGCUCCAAUGCUGGCUCCAGAGAACACCCUGAUGUCCUUCAACAAGGCCCUGCAACAGGGGGUCAGCUCCCUGGAGGCCGACGUCUCCGUCAGUCUGGACGGGGUGCCCUUCCUGAUGCGAGACCGCACCCUGAGAAGGACCACUAACAUCGCCAAGGUCUUUCCAGACAAACAGCACGAGGACGCCUCUCUCUUCAAUUGGACAGAGAUUCGCUCUCUAAAUGCGGGGCAGUGGUUUUUGGAGAGCGACCCCUACUGGACGGUUGGGUCUCUGACAGGGAGGGAACGGAACCGAAUGGGGAACCUGACAGUGUGUAGCCUGGUAGAGAUGCUCCGCCUGACAGCCAGAGCCAACCGCUCAGCCCUGUUAAACCUCCAGAGACCUCCCCCAGAACACCCACACUACAAGACCUGGAUCAUGGACACCCUGUGGGCCGUCCAGAGGUCUGGGAUAUCACAGAAGAGGGUGACGUGGACUCCGGACACAGACAGGGGCCGUGUCAGGGGGCUGCAGCAGACCUCCUUAGAGAAACUGUCAGGGGAGGAGGUCAGACACAGGGGCAUCAGCAGCCUCACCCUGCGCUACUCACAGGCCAGUAACAAGGACAUUCAGGACUUCCUGGUGAACAACAUGAGUGUGAUGGUGUACCCGGUGAAUGAGCCGUGGCUCUAUUCAGUGCUGUGGUGCAGCGGAGUGCCUUCUGUCUCCUCCGACGCCCCCCAGGUCCUCCGCAAGGUGCCCUACCCCAUCUGGCUCAUGAGCCCGUAUGAAUACUGCUUAGUCUGGAUCACCUCAGAUCUUGUCUCCAUCGCCAUAGUUACAGGAAUAUUCAUCUUUCAAAAAUGGAGGAUGAGUGGCAUGCAGAACUACAACCCAGAGCAGAUCAUGCUGAGUGCUGUGACACGCCGGCCCAGCCGAGACGUCAACAUCAUGAAGGAGAAACUCAUAUUCUCAGAGGUAAGCAAUGGAGUAACCAAUACAGAUGAACAUUUAUAUCCAGAGAAUGGCUAUGACAUUGGGCAGUACAAGUGAGCUGUGUCUGUAUACCUGGAGAAUGGCCAGGACAAUACACACUACAGAUGAAUUGUCUCUGUACCUGUUUGAGCUGGUUGUGCUAACUACACUUAUGACGGCAUCACACGGAGACUGCAACAGACAGAAUCACAAUGGCUGCUACUUUAAACGUAGAUGUUUCCGCCAACAUGUUAGAACUUUGAACUUCUAAAAGUUGUGAAUGUUCAAUGUUUUGAAGACUGUUGAUCUACUUGCUGGAGUGACCUUUUUAAAAGUUGUAUUUCAAGCAGGAUCAUGGGAUGUUUUUUCUUCUCAACUGUACAUUUUUUAAAAAUAUGACUGUUUUUCAAUGAUUUUCUUUUCCCUCUGAGAGGAUUGUCAUGGUUUGGUGUUCUAAAUAGUAUGCUAUUAUAAGACUGAAUUCACUCUCAUGAGGAGUAGUGUGUGUCCUCUCCUAUCGAUGUGUGAAGGACAUUUAGCAUCAUUGGGAAUGUACACUGUUCUUGCAUUGUGGUUUUACAGGUAUGAACAUGAAGGGAAUUCAAUAGUCAACAUAGUCCAUGUUGCAAUCAUAUUUUCUCUGCCUAUUUUGUCAUGCCAUGAUUGGUUUGCUUUAGGUUGAAGUUAUUAUAUCCUUAUCUCUUCACGUGGCUGCCUUUUUGUAAACUAGUUUCCUGCUAUGUUACAAGAAGAGUCUGUUGCAGCGGCAGUGUGUUUCAGUACUUAUAUUGUUAUAUGACACAACUCCUAUAAAUAGUAUUUCAGGAAUAGUACCAGUCAAAAGUUUGGACACACCUACAGUACUCAUUCCAGGUUUUUUCUUUAUUUUUACUAUUUUCUACAUUGUAGAAUAAUCAAAACUAUUAAAUAACACAUAUGGAAUCAUGUA